AUGCAUUUCUCUACUGUUUUCACCCUCAUUGCUGCCACCGCCAGUUUCACCGCGGCGGCUCCCUCUCACGACGUCAAGCGCGAUGAUACAGUCUGCGCUCCUGGUACUGGCUUCUUCCAGUCCUGUGCCAGUGGCUUCCGUGGUUGCUGCAAAUACGACGCCUGUACCAUCGGCUACUGCCCCUCUACUUCGGAGAAGCGUCAAGAUCCCACAUUCUGCGCCCCUGGCACCGGAUUCUUUCAGUCUUGCUCUAAUGGCUUCCGGGGUUGUUGCAAAGCUGACGCCUGCACUAUCGGCUACUGUCCUAGUUCCGGGGCUGAGACCGUCGAGCGUCAGGAUCCUACUGUUUGCGCUCCCGGAACUGGUUUCUUCCAAUCCUGCUCUAACGGUUUCCGUGGCUGCUGCAAGUCUGACGCCUGCACCAUCGGAUACUGCCCAGACGUCAAGGCAUUCGAGACUGUGAUCAAGGCCGCCCCCACACCCACCCUCACAACCGAAGUCAAGCCUAACAACAACAAUGGCAAUGCCGACCCUACCGUUUGCGCUCCCGGCACUGGUUUCUUUCAAUCUUGCUCCAACGGUUUCCGUGGUUGCUGCAAAUUUGAUGCCUGCACCACUGGCCACUGCCCUUCCAACCAGAUCUGGGUUUGA